AGAGAAUGGAGCCAAAAAGAGAAAAGAGCAGAAGACACGUGUCAAAUACCCAACUAGGAGACUAACGCUCUCCUUCCUUCCAUGUUUUCAGCUUUCCCUCUCAAACAAGCUUUCAAAUUUAAUACAGCAUCCCUGCGAUCACGCUCUUCUGUUCUCUUCCUUCUCUCUUCUCGCCAUGGAAGAAGCCGACCACCACUUUGACUUUUCCUCCGGCUCGCUUCAUCUGGCUUCUACUCAUCCUCCUCCUUUAGUCUCUCUCUCCCCUUUCUCUCCCAUCCCUUCCCCCUCCUCGCGCAGGCUUUCCACUCACUUCACUCCUAGUUGCUCAGUCACCUCGGCUCGAAGGCUGGCUCGGGUCUCUCUCCAGGGACGGAUUCUUAAUGCUGAGGAAGCCAGCUCGGCUAAAGCCAUUGGGGGUGACUUGAGCCGAGAGCAAAUUGUAGCCUGGGAGCUGUUUAGCCCCAUUCAGAGGUUCCUCAUUGUAGCCGUGAUCAGAGUAGCCGUUGCGAAGUCUAAAAAGAAUAAGCUAAUUUCACAGCUCAAAAAAUCUGUGGCGCUUAGGGAUCAGGUGCUAUCAAGCAUGCAGCAGAAGCUCGAUGAUCUAUGCGAGCAGGUGAGCAGCAUUAAGAACAAUGCAGUAUCAGAGGCCAAUGCGUCGUUAAACAACAAUGUAGAAUCACCAUCUGUUGAUGCUUUUGGCUGUGAUACAAUUAAAUUUAUCGACUGUAGUUGUUGGCAUUGUGAUCGUCACCAAAACCUUUUUGCUGGUUUAAUGGGCAACUAUGCUAUGAAACUGUGCAAAGAGCAUGAAGUAUUGCAGUAUAAGAUUCCUUCAAUAAAUGAGGUGGAACAAGAGGAACGGCGCAUGUCAGAUUUGUCAGAUUGGGCUUCAAGUGUUACUUCAACAGCAGAUAUCCAGAUGAACAGAUGCACAAUAGACCAAGAUAUCUUCAACCUAAAGAGAGAGUGUGAUGAGAAGGAUGCCACCAUAAAGGAGCUGGUUACAACUCUUCAGUCAACUGAAAAUGCACGCUCAAAGAAAACUGCAGCAUUGGAAGAUAGUAUACGCAGGAAGAACACAAUGAUUAUGAAACUUAAGAAGGACAUGAUUGUAUUGGAACAAAAGGUGGUGCACCUUACAAGGCUCCAUAGAACAUCCUCCGCUCCGCCUAACUUGAGCAGUAAGGAAGUACCACUUUUGCUGGACAACAUAGUUUAUGAUAUGGACAGUAGUACCAGCCCUUCCUCUUCUGAUUCAGAUUCUUCUCCUUUGAACUGGGCACAAGCUUCACUUACUAAAAAUCAGGAUAUGCCUCUUAAAAGUAAAGAUCUUGCUCCAACAAGAAAGCAGACAUCAGCAUCAGCAAAGAACAUGAAUUCUUUGGCGAGAUUAAAUGAACGGCAAACUAAGUCUAGACCAGGAAGUCCUCUUAAAGAAAUACCAACAAAUCAAAAGCCUAGUAAACUCUCUUCUUUAAGGCAAAAGGAAUUGUCAGCUAGUGGUGAAUUUAAGAAGAUUAGAAGGCAAACCCAAACUUCAUCUACUGAUGCAGCCCCAAAAAAAAGAUGGGUCUAGUAUACGUGGUACACAUUUGUGUGCACUGUGGAGGAUAUGGGGUGUAGGUGUGGCAAUUUCAGGGAGAAUGCCUAUUGUCAUACUUAUGUUCAGGCCACUCCUACUUCAUCUGGGUUCAAGAGUCAUAUUCCUGUUAUAUCAUAUUGCGGGUAGUUAAAUUCGUAGAAUUGCAGAAAUCUACAGUUCAUUGUUUUGGCUAGUUCUGAACGAAGUCUUCACGUUUAUCAGGGUUUUUUGGGGUUUUGGUGUUAAAAAAAAAUUAUUUGGCUUUUUGGGUUUGAUUCAGAAUUAUUUGCCAAACUAGGUAGCAGAAAUUUGAAACAUUUUAUUCUCAGGCACCCAAUCUGUUGAUGUUUGUGACUUUUUCCCCAUCCAUCAUUAAUAAAUUUACAUAUGCUAAGGCCAAAGUCCUAUGUUCUCGAAGCACAGUCGCAGGCUUGGGAGUGUAUAUAUGCUAGACAUGAAGGUUUCUUCUCAGCUGUUAUUUUAUUUCCAAGAACAUUUGUUUC